AUGUCGCCUGUAACGCUAAUACCUUUGCUCAUUAAGACACACACAUAUCCUACCGACGACAACUCGAUCAAUAUAAUUAACAUUCAAUGGCACGCACAAAACAAACAGCACGCCGCACGUAAAUCGGCCCCAUCAACUGGUGGCAUCAAGAAACCCCAUCGUUUUCGACCAGGUACAGUCGCUUUACGUGAAAUUCGUCGUUAUCAAAAGUCAACCGAAUUACUCAUUCGUAAAUUACCAUUUCAACGGCUUGUUCGUGAAAUCGCCCAAGAUUUCAAAACCGAUCUACGUUUUCAAUCGGCAGCUAUCGGCGCACUUCAAGAAGCAAGUGAAGCUUAUUUAGUUUCACUUUUCGAGGACACAAAUCUAUGCGCUAUCCAUGCUAAACGGGUUACGAUCAUGCCAAAAGACAUUCAGCUGGCACGACGAAUUCGUGGCGAACGAGCUUAA